ACUACGCACGCGUGCUUAGGCGGUUGUGUCUGGAAAAUCUGUAAAAAAAAACAUAAAACUGAAAAAAAAAUUAUCUAACAUUAUAAGUGAUGUGAUUUUGGAUUGAGACUAUUGAAAGGCGGUCUGCAAGUAGAGAGAACACACAGGUACACAAAGUACAUAAUUUUUUAUUCAUCAUCACCAGAUGCACUGACGGUCACUUAGCUGAAAUAAGAUGAGAUGAGGCUGCAUGCAACGGUAAAGAUAGGCUGAGUUAUGGAGUGUUGGGUGAUACUAGCCGCAGCCCUCGUGACAGCGUUGGCGCAGAAUAACAGAAAUGAUGGACCCAGAUUCCUGUCUCGAGGACAUUCCUUCAGAACGGUGGUCGGAGACACCCUGCUUUUGCCUUGUCAGGUGCAAAAUUUGGGUUCAUUAGUACUUCUGUGGAGACGAGGUCCUGCAGUGUUGACGGCUGCCAGCCUGAUGGUCACAAGAGAUGAAAGGUUCAGAUUAGUCGAUGGGUACAACCUGCAGAUCACUGACGUUGGACCACAGGAUGCCGGGGACUACGUAUGUCAGAUCUCUGAUCGCAUCGCCCGCGACCAGGUCCAUACAGUGGAAGUACUCGUUCCUCCCAGUGUACGCGCAUCCCCUGAGUCAAGACACGCGGCCGCCCGUCGCGGGGGUGCCUCCGUACUUGAGUGUCGAGCGUCCGGGAACCCCGUGCCCAGUGUGAUAUGGCAUAAGAUGAAUGACACCAGCACCCGUCUAGCGGAAGGGCCUCAAUUGCAGCUGUCCCGCCUCGAGAGACAACACAGCGGCAAAUACAUCUGCACAGUCGACAAUGGCGUGGGACCUCCCAUCGUCGCAGAAUUCCAGUUGCAAGUUUUGUAUCCCCCGGAGAUAACAGUGGACCGCUCGUGGGUCCACACCGGAGAGGGAUUCCGUGCUGAAUUAAGAUGUUCCGUCCUCGCAGAUCCACCGGCAGAGGUUCUCUGGUAUCAGAAUUCUUUCCCUCUCUCAGCGUCCGAGCGUAUCACGAUGUCCCUUCGCGGCAACAAUCACACACUGCUCAUAGCCAAUGUACAACCAGAGGAUUUCGGGAAUUACACGUGCGUAGCUGAUAACAGUUUGGGUCGCGCGCGCCAGCAUGUGGAGGUUUCCGGUAGACCGGGAGCCGCUCGGUUCACUUCCUCUCCUCUCGCUAGCUCGAGGACCUCUUACACACUGGCCUUCACCGUCGACAGCUACCCUCCGUUGGACGAGCUCCGACUGCUGUAUAGACAGCUUGCGAUAAACGAGUCAUUCCAGCAGCCUGGACGCUGGCAUGACGUUGUCCUGCCGCCUCCCUCCCGCCCCACCGCUCUAGCACACCACGUCACCCACGAACUAGUUGGACUUCAGCCUGGAGCUGUCUACGAAGCGAUCGUACAAGCGAAAAACAGAUACGGCUGGAACGAGGUCAGCGACAUAUUCCAGUUCCACACUCUCGGCGGAUCUCACUCCGUUCACGCGGACGAACUGUCACCUAUGUUCUCUUCCGCGGCCAUACACCGACUGAUGACGUCAGCGCUCGCGUUAGCUUUAUAUACCCUGCUCGGAUGAUCCGCCAUUUUGUUUUCUGUCAAGUAAUACCGAAUUUAAGUGUAAGCAUUUUUUUUUAUCUAGCAUUUAAUUAGAUCUAGACUAAUUAAGAACACCAAGUUUCUGUAAGUUAUUUCAGAGUUGUGAAAACUAAUUAGACUGUUUAUUUAAGUUACACUAAGCCCCCCUUUUUUUAGUAAUAUUUUACGCACAAGCCUGUAUAUAUGCAUUUCAUAAUAUCACAUUCAUUAUAAUGAAUUUAUAUGAUAAUUUAAGCAAUAAAAUGUGUUAGUGAUAAAAUAUAUUUAAAAAAAAAAAUUAUUUAAUAUGUAAUAUUUCGCCCACUAAUCCUAAUUUAGGUGCAAUAUUAAUUAUAAAAGCAAUAUUCGGAUCUGAAUUCUCGAUAAAUAUAUUUUUGUAUUUUAUGUUAAAUUUACGUUUAUUCACUAUUCUAUUCUACAUCUAGAUAUACUACUAGUGUUAAUUGUAGUCAAAAGUAAUGUAUAAAUUGUAUUUGGCUGUAGACGGCGCCUUUUAACAUGAAUCCGCAUCCCUUAACUAAAUGUAUGUAACUUUAUAAAAAAAAAAAAAA